GUUUCUUCCGAUAUUUUGUACAGCGUACCAACGGCAUCAAUAGACCUGGUUAGACUCCUUCCUUGAGAGAACACCUCGUAAUCCGCAGCCAUGGCAGGUGGGACAUCACCACCUUUUUUCACUUCGCUGAACAACCCCCUCGUGACGCGAUCCGACGUUGUACAAGCUUGCAAGUCACUAUUGACCCCCUUGUUCCCUUUCUUUUCGCCAGCGAAGACAAGGCUGCGACUUGGAGCCACGGCCACCCGUUACGAUGAAGCAGGCGCGCAGCUCGAAGGCUUUACACGACCUAUGUGGGGUCUUGGAGCCUUGCUCGCGGGUGGUGAGUCGUUUGAAGGUUCCGAAUUCUGGCUGGAAGGGAUAAGGAAUGGUACAGAUCCCGAGCAUCCGGAGUUCUGGGGCUGGUCGAAGGAUUUGGAUCAAAGAAUGGUCGAAAUGUGUCCUCUCGGGUUCGCUCUCUGCGUUGCCCCUGACCAAUUUUGGAAGCCACUCAAUGAGAGAGAGCGCGAGAAUGUUCGCAGGUGGCUGGAUAUCAACAAGAAAGAGAUGCCAAACACAAAUUGGCUCUGGUUUCGUGUCUUUGCUAACUUGGCAUUGAUGAAGAAUGGUGCAGAGUAUGACGCGGGCCGACUCGAAGCUGACCUCGACCACCUCGAUACCUUUCACCUCUCUGGCGGCUGGAGCAACGACGGCCCGCCUGACACGCUACAGAUGGACUAUUACUCCGGCUCGUUCGCCAUCCAGUAUCUUCAGUUGCUGUACGCAAAGCUAAAUGGUGAUCGGGAUCCCAAACGAGCAGAGGCAUAUAGGGACCGGGCGAGGAUGUACGCGAAGGAUUUCCUCCAUUACUUUGACGAGCAAGGCCGAGCAAUGACUUUCGGUCGAUCGCUCACCUAUCGCUUCGCCAUGGCCGGCUUCUGGGCGGCAGUCGCUUUUGCGGACCUAGAUCUCGAGCCACCUCUCAGUUGGGGAGUGGUCAAAGGCAUUCUCCUGCGGAAUUUACGAUACUGGUCUCAGCAAAAGGACAUCCUCAAUGGAGCCGGGAUAUUGACCAUCGGCUAUGGUUAUCCCAACCAAUUCAUCUCCGAGAACUACAACUCGCCCGGCUCGACCUACUGGUUCAUGCUCUCAUUUGCAGCGUUGGCCUUGCCCGAAUCUCAUGAGUUCUGGCGGUGCCGAGAAGAACCAUAUCCCUCCGAUUCAAUAGCGCAGGUUGUGGCACUCAAACACCCGAAACACAUCACGGUGAGAAAAGGAGGACACACUUUUCUGUUGUCCUCGGGACAGAUGUGCCACUACCCAAUGAGAGCUGCCGAAAGCAAAUACGGAAAGUUUGCAUACAGCACGGCUUUUGGGUAUUCUGUUCCUACCGGCGGUUACUUUGUGGAAGCGAUAGGAGGCGAUAACGUCCUUGGGGUCUCGGACGAUCAAGGCGAGACGUGGAAAGUGCGGAGGAAGCCACUCAAUGCAAGGCUGGAGACUAUGGAGGACACUCCUGUGUUGAUCUCUGAGUGGAAACCGUGGGCAGAUACCCAUGUCGAGACUUAUCUGCUUCCCCCUACCGAGGCCGCACCAAAUUGGCAUCUCCGGGUGCACCAUAUCGCAACAGGCAGCAGAACCUUGAAGACGAGCGAGGGCGCCUUUGCACUGAACGGCGUCUCGCAGAAGGACGAACGCGAAUUACAGCAGAUGGACGCCGAGAAGACUGAGGGAAGGCAGGCAGACAACGGCGAAGCAGUGGUAGUGACGCGGGGCGGCGCUGUUGGUAUAGUUGAGCUGCACCAACGCGACGGCCGCACUGGCCGCGUAUUGGACGAAGAUGCGAAUAGCAACCUGAUGGAGAGCAGAUCAGUCCUACCUAGCCUGGCGAUGGAUAUACCUGCGAACGCGGAUGUUUGGGUGGCAACUGGCGUGUUUGCUAUGCCAUCCAGUGUUCCGGACUAUCGAAAGAAGUGGCAGCAGAGCUGGAUGCAGCGACCACAAAUCCCAGGCUGGUUGAGAAACAAGAUGGCCUAGGCAGUCUCAAUUCGGAGGCUUCUGUGGCAAAGAGGACAACAUGCUCCGGAGACGAUGUUGGACUUGUCAACUGCUCGAGGGAGACUGUUCACUCGCUGCACAGCUUCUGGCCGGCUGGCUGGCUGGUCGAAUUGCCAUCGUCGCCCUGGGUACAUACAGAGCGUCCGACCUUGGAUAUAUACUCCUCUGUUCUACAGGACGUGGUGAUGGCUGCGUCUCCCACAUGUCAAAUUGUUCGACAGCAGGCUUCCCGUCGCUUAGCGAAAGGUGUACCUGGUAUGGUCCUGGACUAUAUAAACUCGGCAGAAGAUUGUACCGAAGCCUGGUGGAGUUGGUGGACAACACCAUCCCUUCAACCUUGCCCGCCCCCAGCCAUGGUCUAUUUAUCCAUCAAUUUAUCCAGGAUCUGCGGAUGGAUUGCCGUCGUCCCGUACCCCAGGUGGAGUGUCAACCUCCUGCUAAAAUGCUGGCCUCUCCGCAUCGCAGCUUGUUUGAGCUGGUGGGAGGAUGCCGUCUUCCCCCCAGCUUCCCCCAUCUACACCAAGCCUUCAUUUCAGGCUGAAAACACCGACCACUCUUGGAGACGAGCCCAGCCUGUCCCCGCAGUUUAAUGAC